GUGAUUGUGAGAAACAUGGAACAAGUUGUGUUGCUAGUUGAUGAUUUAAGAUUACUUUCUGGGAUUUCUCGCUGUAGAAUAUGUCACGAAGAAGAAUUUGAGAGCUCCAAAAGCUUGGAAGCUCCUUGUGCUUGUUCUGGGACCGUUAAGUUUGCUCAUAGAGAUUGCAUACAGACAUGGUGCAAUGAGAAAGGAAAUACAACUUGUGAAAUAUGUCUCCAGCAAUAUGAACCUGGAUAUACAGCACCUCCAAAGAAAUCUCAAGUAUGUGACGCAGCAAUGACCAUAAGGGAUAGCCUACAAAUUUCAAGGAGUGAACAAGAACCGUCCAACAGAAGAAUAGUGGAAAUAGUUGAAGGAGUAGCAUUAGAAAACAAUUACUCUGAAUGCACAUAUGCUGCAGAUAGAAGCGCGUCUUGUUGUCGAUCACUGGCUUUAGCUUUUACCCUCAUCUUGCUUGUAAGACAUCUUUUCGCAUUGCUUGCAAAUGGAAUGGAAGAUUAUCCAUUUACAAUUCUUACGGUCUUUAUACUAAGGGCAAGUGGAAUUAUUAUACCCAUGUACAUAAUUAUUAGGACGAUCGGAUCCAUUCAUAAUAGUAUUGGGCACCACUAUUAUCAGGAUUCUAACAAUGACUCAUCAAUGUCUGAUGAAGAUGACGAAGAAAAUGAGACUUCAAAUGAUGUUAUUUCAAGAUAUUCAUAGUGUCAUAGUAGGUCAUUAUAUUGCUUCAACUUUUAUCAGAG